AUGGCUGCAACCCGAUCGCAUGCGCCGUCGCAACACGGCAAACUUCACAAGCGCGGGAACUCUGCCUCGUCUAUCAACAACCCAAAGACCAGCUCGGAACUCGCGGGCUACAACUUCAACCGCUUCGACACCCCCAGGGCCACCUACGAAGAGCCUUGGGAGCCUGCGCGUCCCACGCCGGCCGCCUCCAACCCUCUCAAGAUCAAGCCCUACCUACGAAAGCUCUCCGUGAAAGACACCAACACUCUUGACCUGUCCCGCCCCGCCGCCGAGAAUGAGCGACUAGCUGGGCUUGGGAUCCACGAAUAUGGAGCUGGCUCGCGAAAUGCCUCGGACGUCAGCUUCGCCCCAGUAAACAGUCGGACCAGACACAACCGCUCCACAAGCAACACCUCGCAGUUCUCUACCUCGUCGAGUCUGCAGCGCCCGACGGCCCCCUACAUGCCCCUGCGACAGCCGUCCCGGCCCUAUACUCCGCCUCAAAGUAAAUCCAAGUCUUCUCCGGCUUCGAUGAUUGGAAGCGAGGGUGAUGAGGCAGACGACAUCAUGUCUGACGAAGAGAUGAGAUAUAGGCAAAACAUGUUUGACCCGACCCGGCGCUCUGGCUCCAUAUCCUCCACACAAGCACAAGCACUCCGCGUGACGACUUCGGGAUCUUCCACCAGGCUGGGUAGCUAUUCGCAAACAAGUCUGUCGCUCGCUUCACCCCCAACGCGACCACGUGGAGACACUCUCAAAUCCAUCGACACCGCGUCGCCAAGCUCCCGUCCUUCUCUCGACAAGGCCUUUGGCUUCAUUCGCGGCGGCCGAGACUCACCUGUAGAUCCUGCCUCGCGAGCCGCUUCAAUUCGCGCAGCUCGUCAGGCAUAUCAAGAGAAAGAAGCUGCCAAAGACGCCAAAGCCGAGAAAGAGGCGAUGAAGCAAGCAGAUCGCGAAAGCAAAAAGAAGUACAAACAGGAGGAGCGACAGCGUCGGAAAUCUGAUGCUGCGGAAAAACGUACAUUGAGCGUCUCCCAGGAAAAAGUGGCUGCAUCGGUUGCCGGCAAAGAAUACUCCAAUUACGCACCCGCCCACACUCGUUCACUCCCGGCUCGUGUGGCUACCAUUGACCCAGAAAAGGAGAUCCAUGCUGCUCCUCCGAUUACUGGCCGACGUUUGGCAAAAGGCCGCUGGGCGAACUUUGUGACCUGGUUCAGAACCAGGAUGUUGCGGCUAGGCAAGAGACUGCACAUGGCUUAG